AUGGGAGUGUAUUGUCUUUUAAAUGAGUUGACGACGUUUAAGAGGAGGAAUGCUGUUAAGGUUCGAGUGGUUCGAUCAUACACUGUAAUGGAAAGGAGAGGAUCCUCAGAAAUCAAGAGUAAAGAGUUGGUGCUGCACGACGAAGAGGCAACAGUAAUCCAUGCCUGUAUACCAAAGGAUAUUUUACCAAAAUUCCCUGAAAGCUUUUUAGAAGGCAAUGUCUAUUGUUUCAAGAACUUUUAUGUCGUUGCAAAUUGGCAUACAUACAAGACUAGCAUGCACGAGUUCAUGCUGCAGUUCAAUCACGAGACUAUCAUGAAACAAUCUAGGUCAGAUAAUUUCCCUUACCACAUGUACAGACCGAGACCAUUCCAUACUUUGAAAGGUAAUCCAUCACUAGAUGCGAAGCAGUUGAUUGAUUUAAUUGGCCGUAUUGUUGAAAUACGUGCUCCCCAAGAAAAAACAAUUUCUGGACAGAAUACUGUCCUCAUAGACUUUGUUUUAGAAGAUGCUAUAAUCAAGCUUGGUGCUAGAGAUGGUGAUGUGAAAAUAUCGUCUUCAUAUGAUGUUACUCAACUCCUAAUUGAUGUGGACUGCCCUGAGACGCAGAACUUCAAAGAGAGUCUGGUGGACCUUGGGGAACAAACUCCAAUGCGUAGUAUAGGUUCAAUGACAAGCUUCAGUUUCACAAACAGUAUUGAGGAUUCAACCAGUAGAACAAUGCAGAUGACUACCAUCUCUGAGAUCUAUGAGAAUCAAACGCAUGGACAAUUCUGGGUUGCUGCCAAGAUAAAUGGUAUUGAAAAGUCCAAUGAUUGGUUUUAUACUUCAUGUCGAAAACCGGGUUGCAACAAGAAACUUGAACUUUCAGAAGGUGUUCUUAAAUGUUUCAAGUGUAACAUGACUUGGGAAGAUGGAGUACUAAGGUACAAACUUAGACUUAGGGUUGUUGACUUGAAGGGUACUGCUGCCUUGUUGUUGUGGGAUAGAGAGUGCAUGGAACUUAUUGGUACAUCUGCCAGUGAGUUAUAUCAGAGGAAUAGGAAUACUGCAGGUCCAUUAAAGGAAAUCACUGGAUUAAUUGGCAGGAUAAUGCUAUUUAGAGUCUCGGCAAAUACAGACCAAUUUAUCAAUCAGUCGUAUGCCUUCCCAGUUUUAAGUAUUAACACUGAAAGCAAGUUUGUUCAACAGUAUUGCAAGGAACUUUUGGAUGCUCAUGACAAGGAAGUUAACUCUACUGUGCAAUUAAGUUACGGUGAUGAGGAAUUCCUACAGGGGUUUGACAGUGAUGAAGGUGAGAGCCUAAUACAGAUGCUGCCACCUACGAAGAAUGUAGAAACCUCUGAUGGACCGGUGAAGAGAUGCUUACUGGAUCAGUUCUCUUCCACCAAGGGCUGCAAGAAAUUGAAAGACACUAAAGUGAAGAUUGAGAAGAUUGAUUGA